CCUGGGCACUCGCUUGCGUCGUAGCUCUCGGCAGGUUUUAUCCAUUUCAUGAUAUCGCCGCAGUGAUAGAGCGUAGCGGCCCGGUCUUGGUGGAGAAGCUUUUCCGGAGGAAAGGAAGAGUUCUUCGACGCCAUGAAACGGAGGUAAUGAACACCGGUCGGAAAAGGGAAAGUGUGUGUGUCCGUAUUGGCAAGUGGUCUUCCAGCUUCAGAAUGGCAUCCGACAUGAAUACGAAAUACCAAAGCCCUUUGACCUCCCGGUAUGCUUCACCUGAAAUGGCGUACAACUUCAGUGAUGAGAAGAAGUUUUCCACGUGGAGGAGGCUGUGGAUUUUCCUGGCAAAGGCGGAGCAAGAGUUGGGUUUGCCUAUCCGCGAUGAUCAAAUCUCCGAAAUGGAAAAGAAUGUCAGCCGCAUCGACUACCCGGCGGCCGCGGCUGAAGAGAAACUCACUCGUCACGACGUGAUGGCUCACGUCCAUGUUUUCGCUCAGCAGUGCCCCAAGGCCGCUCCUAUAAUCCAUCUGGGAGCGACUUCGUGUUACGUCGGCGACAACACCGACCUAAUUCAAUUGCGGGACGGUCUGGAUAUCCUGAUCCCGAAAGUAGCUCGUUGCGUCGAUCGAUUGGCGAAGUUCGCCAAGGAAUACGCAGCGCUACCGACCCUGGGCUUCACCCACUUCCAGCCGGCUCAGCUGACCACUGUGGGCAAGCGAGCUUGCUUGUGGCUGACAGAUCUCCUCAUGGAUAUCCAGAACCUCCAGCGAGUGCGAAACGAGCUGCGUUUCCGAGGGGUGAAGGGCACAACGGGAACCCAGGCUUCGUUCCUGCAGCUGUUCGAGAACGAGGAAAGUAAAGUCAAACAGUUGGAUAAGCGAGUUACUGAAAUGGCUGGUUUCAAGAACUCUCUCAUCAUCUGUGGCCAGACUUACAGUCGGAAAGUUGAUAUCGAGAUCCUGUCUGUGUUAUCGUCGCUCGGAGCUACGAUUCACAAGAUAUGUACCGACAUCCGCCUUUUGGCGCAUAUGAAAGAAGUGGAGGAGCCCUUCGAGAAAACUCAAAUCGGUUCCUCGGCCAUGGCUUACAAGCGGAAUCCGAUGCGGAGUGAGCGAUGUUGUUCGCUGGCUCGACACUUGAUCACGCUCAUUAUGAACCCCCUCCAAACUCAGGCAACCCAAUGGAUGGAGAGGACGCUCGACGACAGUGCAAACCGACGAGUUUGCCUCGCGGAAGCCUUCCUGACGGCGGACAUCAUCUUGAACACCUUACAGAACGUAACCGAGGGCUUGGUCGUUUACCCCAAGGUGAUUCAGCGUCACAUCGACCAAGAACUGCCUUUCAUGGCGACAGAAAAUGUCAUCAUGGCCAUGGUGAAGGCUGGCGGUGAUCGACAGGAGUGCCACGAGAAAAUUCGCGUUCUCAGCCACCAAGCGGCUGCUCAGGUCAAGGAACACGGCAAAGACAACGACCUUGUCGAGCGCAUCAAAAACGAUUCGUACUUCUCGCCAAUCCAUGCGAAAAUCGAUGGACUCUUGGAUGCAAGCACGUUUGUGGGUCGCGCCCCGGGCCAAGUAAUUGAGUUCAUCAACGUCGAGGUGCAGCCGGUCCUUCAGAGGUAUAGUGAUUACCUCGAGGGUCGGAGUGAGAUCAACGUGUAAACAACUUCAGUUGCUUUGGGCAUUCGAAAGGUUGGCUCCGGGAGACGAGAAUUGUUCUCGAACCGGGGGAAUAUCUAGGCCGAGAGAGGUGAUCUUUGUGGUCGGACGAUAUACUGACACAGUGCAAGGGUAUCGUGAGGAAAUCUUUGUUACAUCAAUUCAUUGGUUCUACCCCGACUAUUAUUUAUUAGUUGAUUAUGGGACAAAGCGCGAGGGAUGGCUUAAGCUAUACGAAAAUUGAGAAUAAACUUCUAUUCGAU